AUGUCUAGCACUGUUGUUGUCUCCAGCGUUGUCGGCGCCGUCGCGCUCGCGUACGGGUAUAUCCAGUAUUCCAAGGGGAGCGCGCAUCAAUCCGACUCGCACCUUGAUACGUCGAUCAACAAGCUCGUCCAGGCAGCAGGCACGCAGUCUCAGGCUGGGAAGAAAAACAAGAAGAAGAAGAAAGCGGACGGCGCGUCUCCGUCUCCAGCACUCGAGACAGAGACGGAGAGGAAGCCCGUUGUCGUGCGUUUCCCACCAGUAGCGUCCGUACCGGGCGAGUUUGACUCGGGGUCGAACGCGUCGCUUGAGCCGUCCGAGCCUGCCCAGCCAAAGGUCAAGAAAGCAAAGAAGAAGAAGGCGAAGAGGGCCGCGCCCGCCGGGACCCAAUCGGACUCGUCCGCUGGCGCGGGACCCUCCUCAUCUCUCCAUUCGCUUCAACCCAUUUCCGCAGGCGGCAAGCCCGAGCAGAAGGAAACCCUUUCCGUGGACACGGAUAGCUCCUGGACACAGGUGAAUUCAAGGCGGAGGAAGGAGGCGUCAGAUGCCGCGCCGUCCGCAGAGCACACGAGUGAUGCGGGACUCGCCGCCUCGUCCGUGGGCGAUCGCUCGGAAGAGGAGGCAGAAGAGGUGAACAGGAAGACGUUUGCUGAGAAGAUGCUUCCAAAGCCUCGAAAGACGGGAGUCGAAGAUAUGACAGAAACGCCUGACUACCCAGGCGUGGCGCGCGUCAUGCGUGUCCAGCCUCAGCCAGGCGAACAACCCGCGGCCGGGUUCUCAUGGGCCGACUACGAGGAUGUCAACGUAGGAGACGACGCGGACGGGGAGGACGACGGUGGUUGGGGCGUCGUCAAGAGUCGCUCGAGACGCAAAGCAACCCCUCCAGCUACGAGCGAAUUCAAAGCGCCCGAAACGCUCACUAAGAAGCAGCGGCAGAAUGCUGCGCGGAAGGAGGCCGAGCGUGCUGCAAAGGUGCAAGCGGAAGCCGAGCGCCAGGCAGCGCUGGCGAAGCACAAGCGCGAGCUGGAGAGAAUAAGGAUGGCGGAGCAGUUCAACGCCAGCAAGGGCAAGAAGCCGAGCGGGGGGAUGAGCGCGGCGGUGGAUGAGAAGGGGAAGCUGGUGUGGGAGUGA